AGACUUCAAUCUCAUACAACUCCUUUUCCAUCUAUGACACACCUUGCAUGUCUUGUUCUGUUCUGCUCCAACACAACAUUUUAGCCAUUUCUGCAACUCAGUUUUCAUUCUUUAGCCACAUUAUUACAAAGGCCAACAACAACUUCCCUCUUUGAUUUUCUCCAAAAGAAGCUUUCUUCUCUUUUUCUCUUCCCUUCUUUCUAUCCUUUUUUCCUUGGCAUCAAUAGUAUACAAUGGAGGAGAUAAAGGCACAAACGCUAAGGAGGGAACAGUUUCAAAUGGUGUUAAGCUAGCCACUGUUCAAAUUCAAAGCAAGCCAAUAAAAAAAGGUGUUGAGGAAAUUGACCGAAGGUUGUUGAGUUUAGAUGGACAAUUCAUCCAACUGUGAUGAAAACUCUGAUGUGGGGUACCAACCUUCACAUUCUUCUGUGGAUCAAAAUGAUCAUUCAAUCGCUGAAACUGCUGGAUUCUCCCCAUUCAGCGGCGAUUCCUUCGCGUAUUGCCGGAGUAACUCAGAGGUCUCUAACUUCUCUGAGCCUAUUGAUGACAAUAGCUAUGCCAGCGAGCCUUCACCUUCUCUAUGGACACCUGUGAAACAUGGAGCUAGUCAAGCUGCUCUUUCCAGGCUAGGAAUGAAGCAGCACAGGCACUCAUUGGAUGAUAAGUCUGAUGACCUUGAUCUCUUGGAGUUAGAGCUUGAUAUGAUGAGGGAAAGAUUUUCAAAACUUCUAUUGGGGGAAGACAUGUCUGGUGGUGGGAAAGGUGUCUGCUCUGCAGUUACAAUAUCAAAUUCAAUCACCAAUCUCUAUGCUACUGUUUUUGGACAAAAUUUGAAGUUGGAGCCUCUGAAGCCUGAGAAGAAGGCUAUGUGGAAAAGAGAAAUGAAUUGUCUCCUAUCAGUGUGUGAUUAUAUAGUUGAAUUCGCCCCAACUGCACAAUAUUUAGAAGAUGGUACAAUUGUGGAGAUGAUGACAAGUAGACCAAGAUCAGAUAUUUAUAUCAACCUCCCAGCUCUGCAGAAGCUCGACACAAUGCUCAUUGAAAUAUUUGAUAGUUUCCAGGAUACUGAAUUUUGGUAUGCAGAGCAAGGGAGCAGCAUAUCAGGGAAUUCAAAUCGGUCACGUGCAGGCUCAUUUCGAAGAAUUGUUCCGAGGAAAGAUGAGAAAUGGUGGUUGCCCGUUCCUUGUGUCCACUCAGGGGGCCUCUCUGAUAAGUCAAGGAAGCACUUGAGUGAGAAACGAGACUGCGCUAAUCAAAUUCAUAAAGCAGCCAUGGCAAUAAAUAGCAGUGUUCUUGCAGAGAUGGAUAUUCCAGAAUCAUAUAUGGCAACUCUUCCCAAGAGUGGAAGAACAAGUCUGGGGGACACAAUUUACCGCUACAUGUAUGCUGCAGACAAGUUUUCACCUGAUCACCUUCUUGACUGUCUCAAAAUAAGUUCUGAACAUGAAGCACUUGAGCUGGCAGAUAAGGUUGAGUCUUCAAUGUUCACUUGGAGGCGCAAAGCUUGUCUGAGCCAUUCAAAAACAUCAUGGAACAAAGUUAAGGAUCUCAUGGCUGACACAGACCGAAGUGACAAAAACUUCCUCUUAGCUGAGAGAGCCGAGACUUUGUUGUUUUGCUUGAAGCAAAGAUAUCCUGAACUUUCACAAACAUCUUUAGACACAUGCAAGAUUCAAUACAACCGGGAUGUAGGGGAAGCAAUAUUGGAAAGCUACUCAAGAGUAUUAGAAGGCUUAGCAUUCAACAUUGUAGCUUGGAUUGAAGAUGUUCUUCAUGCAGAUAAAACAAUGAGGAAGCAGAUUGUAUAGAAACCAUAACUGGGUUGUACACCAGCACCCUAACACCAGUGCUGUUUGCAUUAAAAGCUGUUCAUUUGCAUCUGUAUGACAACUAGCUGUGUUACAGAAAGAGUUUUUUCACAUUCGGUUGAAGGAUUAAGCAUAAUUUAUAUAAUCUUCUGUUCCAUAAAUAAAAGAAAAACUGUUAUAUCAGUGUAGUUGCCUGAUUUUGAAUCUGGUUAAUUCUCUAUCAGAAGUGGCAGGAGUUAAUGUUAUACACAAAAUGAUUACUUAUUAGAAACAAUCAAUAUCGACAAAGUUUAUAAAAUUGAUGGAUGCACAGCUUUAAAGAAACGUGUGCAGGAAGAAAUUCUCGUAA